AUGUACGUUGAUGAUAAUGAACAAUCACUUACUUUCCCUAUCCAACAAUGUGCCUCAGCAAUACUGACAGAGAUGAAUAAAGAUCUGUGCAGGAUUCGUGACUGGUGUUUUGACAACCACCUUCUUCUCAACGCAUCCAAGACAAAGCUUAUGGUUUUUGGUAGUCGCCAAAUGAUCUCGAAAGUCCCUGACUUCCGUCUGUCAUUACUGGGUAAAGAACUUAUUCCAGUCCAAACAGCGAAAGAUCUCGGAGUUACAUUUGAUUCAAGCCUUUCCUUCGACUGUCAUGUCGUUAAGACUGUCUCUUCUUGCAUGCCCAGCUUGGCGCAGAUUAACCGUGUAAAACAUGUUUUAGAUAAAAGUUUGCUUAUCUUG